AACGCGACGCUGGACGCAGGGCAUGCCGGGAAAUGAGGCUGGACGCGCGAAUGGGCGGCGCGCCGAGGUCACGUCGGGACUACAUUUCCCAUCGUUACCUUCGCCAACGUUGAUUGGCCUGUGUGAGCCGAAACCACAAAGUCCUGGGUGAAGGAAGGAUGCGAAACCCAGAAAGGAGUAGAAAGGGCCCGCUGGCCCCGCCCUCGCCCAGCCCAGUGGACGACUGUGCUUCCACCUUCCAAGAGAGCGUGAGCUGCGCCGCUGCCUGCAGUUCCCCGUGAUCGGGAUUUCAAAGCCGAGGCGCCAGCACCACGCACCUCCCUAUACGCGUCCAGUCUGAGAGCGACAGGGAUGGGCGGCAGGAUGUGGCUGCCAUUCCCGGUGCUGCUCCUGUCCGCUCUGCCCGCAGCGGUGCUGCGCGGGGCGGCCGGCUUCACACCCUCUCUGGACAGUGACUUCACCUUCACGCUGCCGGCGGGCCGGAAGGAGUGCUUCUACCAGCCCAUGCCCCUGAAGGCGUCGUUGGAGAUCGAGUACCAAGUUUUAGAUGGAGGAGAAUUAGAUAUUGAUUUCCACCUUGCCUCUCCAGAGGGCAGAACCUUAGUUUUUGAACAAAGAAAAUCAGAUGGUGUUCAUACCAUAGAGACUGAAGAUGGCGAUUACAUGUUCUGCUUUGAUAACACAUUCAGCACCAUUUCUGAGAAGGUAAUUUUCUUUGAACUUAUCCUGGAUAACAUGGGAGAAGAGGUUCAAGGACAAGAAGACUGGAAAAAGUAUAUUACUAACACAGAUGUCCUCGAGAUGAAACUAGAAGAUAUCCUGGAAUCCAUCAAUAGCAUCAAGUCCAGACUAAGCAAAAGUGGCCACAUACAAACUCUGCUUAGAGCAUUUGAAGCUCGUGAUCGAAACAUACAAGAAAGCAACUUUGACAGAGUCAAUUUCUGGUCUGUAGUUAACUUGAUGGUCAUGGUGGUGGUGUCAGCUAUUCAAGUUUAUACACUGAAAAGUCUGUUUGAAGAUAAGAGGAAAAGUAGAACUUAAAACUUCAACACAGAUUACUUAAUGAUGAAAAAAAGAGGUAGAAAAUUCUAAUACACUGUUACAGUCAAGAUAUUAGUCAUAUUCCCCAUAACAUUUUUAAAAAUGUAUGUAAGUGUAAGAUAUGUAAAAUUUAAUAUGAAAGGAAAAUCAUCACUUUAUGUCCAGAUAACUUUAUUGACCCAGUUAUACUUAAGUAUAAAACAAGAUGCCAUGUAAAAUUUAGAUUUGAUUGAAUGAAGCCAUAAUAACUAUUUUCCUAAGGUUAAAAAUCCUUCCCUGAUAUCAUAUAUGAAUGAAAUGAAUUAACAAUGUUUAUAAACAUGCCACCAGUUUGCUUUUACCUAGAUUUUCUCUGUACAUGUGGCAGGUACAAAGUAAUUAAAGAAGUUUCCAAUACAUUACAUUAUAAAUCAUUUGAGAAUUAUAUAAUCAUGGGCUGAAUAGAUCAGCUUUUCUCUACUAAAUCUUUCCAAAAAGAGUAAAUAGAAGCAUAUCACUGAAAAAAUAUUUAUGUUUUUACAACCAAAUAUAAUGUGAAAUAUUAUCCACAAGUAUUGGUUUUUAUAUACUUAGUCUAUAUUUCCAAAAGCUAACAUUUUUAUAAUUAAAACUGGGAAGGCAUUCUUUCCUCAUAAAAAUUAGGCUUUGUCUUUUGUCUUUGAUAUAAGGUAUAUAAAGGGUAGUUGAUGUUUAUGAAUAAGAUGCAUUCUACCUAGACAUUAGCUAAGAUUAAAUUAGAGAUAAGAUGAAUUAUUUUUAUAUUACACAUCAACAGUGUUAUGUUGGUUUCUGCACAGCUGUUGGUAUUGAUAAUGCAGGUGUGAGGGACAUACUACUGAAAAGAUCUGACAUUAAUGUAAAUAAACAGCACCUUUCUAAAGUCUGAAAAUCAACAGAAACAUGGAGGAAAAAUGAGAUAAACUUGACAACACUAGACCCACAAGUUUACCUAAAGAGAAGUGUAAUAUCAGGAAUCAGAUGGGCUCUUCUUGCCGUCCCAAUUAUAAUAGAAAUCAUAUCAAAGGAGGGUAAUCUGAAAUUCCGUGGAAGAAAUUGUAUUUGUCAUAGAUUUUAUUUUCUAGUUACUGUUUUUAUUACAAAUGUUCAGAUAGAUUUUAUGAAAUGUACAUCCUACCAUAAGAUUUAGCACUGGCUAUACAUAUUCAUUACAGUUUUUAUUAUAAUUCUCACAAAAUUACCUCUGGUCACUUAUUGACUUUGAAGGAUUAGGACAAUCCCAAAUUAUAAACAGCUAAUGUAGAAAUAAAAGCCGAUACAUACAAAAAAAUCUGCCUUUCUGGUUUAUCAGUCUGUAGUACAAUCUUAUUAAAUACUAGUGAUUUAGGUUCAUCAUGAAACAGAAUUUAAGGUACACUCAUUUUUAGUGUUAUAAUAAAUGUCUUGUCAAUUAGAGAUACUCAACAGUCAAAUCUGGCUAUUGAACCCAUAUAUACAUACACACUUUCAUUGCUGUAAUUCUUAUUAUGCAUUAAUGAUCUUGCACUACCCUCUACCUCACACAAAAUUAUGAUACCCAGAGAAAUACUCACUUCAUUUACAAUUUAUACUCAGAAUAGUUCAGAAAUACACUUUUCUCCUUCUCAGGCCUUGGGGAGAAGACUAGAAAUUUAUUUUUCCCUAUUCAGAGGCUUUUCAAAAUGUGAGAUAAAUACUAUGUAUGAUCAAUAACUGACCAAGAAAAUGCCCCAGUAUUUAUUAUAAGCCAUGCUUCUACAAUAGAUGCAGAACAGAGGUCAAUGAGAUCAUUGCCUAAAAAACCUCUCUUCCCUACUUUAAGUACAGGAGAAGCAAGCUAUAGGUACCAUAACUGAGGAAGCAGAAUCCACUGCGUCUUUUCUGUAAGACUGUGAUUAAGAAUUCUACCUCUUAGAUACAGGUAAUACUGUACUAUACUCUUAACUGCUUACUUAACACUGUAUCUGUUACAUCAUCUUAUAUGUAUGUAAUUGUGCCACUGAUUUUUUUGAAUUCUUAUUCAGCUACUCACUGCCAUUUUAAAUGGUAAUAGUAGCUUUAUUGGAGAAACAAAUAACUUAGGAAUGUCAAAGAUUUUAUUUUUAUAGACAAAAGUAAAAAGAUACUAAGAACCGUGUUGCCUGUAUGAAUCAUAAAAAAGUAAAAUUGUAAGCAAAAAAAAAUGUUUAUUUUUAAAUGUGUAUUUUCUGCUUCAUAUGAGUUUUUUGACCUUACUGUCUCAAUUAUACUAAAAUCAAGUAAGCCAUCA